ACAGACUGAAGCAGUUUUCACCUCAGUAGACUCUCUACAGGACUUUAAACAUUUCCCCUUUUCUGAACUGAGGAAGAAAAUGUUUCACUCGUUUGUUUUCUGCUGUUUGUGCUUUUGGCGUCUGGUUGUGUUUGCUGAUGGUGCAGUGAGGAUCAUUUCAGUGAUGGAGGGAGAUUCAGUCACUCUAGAAUCUGGUGUUACUAAAUUACAGGAACAUGAUCUGAUAACAUGGAUGUUUGAACCUUUAAACACUAAAAUAGCUGAAAUCGAUAAAGAUAAAAAUAUCUUCUCCAUAUAUGAUGUUCCUGAUGGGAGAUUCAGAGGCAGACUGAAGCUGGAUCAUCAAACUGGAUCUCUGACCAUCACACACACCACAACCACAGACUCUGGACUUUAUCAUGUGACCAUCAGUCGCACCGGGGGAAGGACCGCAAUCAGAUUCAAUGUUACUGUAUAUGGUGUCUUUUCUUCUGAAACAAAUGAAAUACAGUCAGUGUCAGUGAUGGAGGGAGAUUCUGUUACUCUAAACACUGAUCUUACUGAAAUACGUGCAGACGACGACAUACUGUGGAAAUAUGGAGCUGGAAACUCUCUGAUAGUUAAAAUCAGUUUAGAAAAGCAAAUCUUCACCACAUAUGAUGAUGUUCCUGAUGGGAGAUUCAGAGACAGACUGAAGCUGGACGAUCAAACUGGAUCUCUGACCAUCACACACACCACAACUGAACACACUGGAGAUUAUAGACUACAGAUAAGUGGAGCGAAACGAUCAUCAAAAUCAUUCAGUGUUUCUGUCUAUGCCCCUCUUCCUGUUCCUAAAAUUACAAGAGAUAAUUCUUCAUCAUCAUCAUGUUCAGUGGUGUGUUCAUCAUCAGUGUUGAGUGUGUGUGAUGUGACUCUGUCCUGGUACGCAGGAAUGAGUGUAUUGUCCAGCAUCAGUGUGUGUGAUCUCAGCAUCAGUCUCUCUCUACCUCUGGAGGUGGAAUAUCAGGAUAAAAACACCUACAGCUGUGUGCUGAACAAUCCCAUCAGCAACCAGACCACACAUCUGGACAUCAACACACUCUGCAGACACACAUGUGCAGAACUGGACGGUCAGUCUACUUCACAACCAGACUCAACUCAACUCUGUAACACAUGUGCAGAAGUCCACAUCCACUGUUGUGGUUUUACUGAAACUGUCAUCCGAUUAGUCGUCGCUGCACUGGUGGGCGUGGCUACUGUGGCGAUUCUGGUUUAUGACAUCAGAUCCACAAGAGGAGGACCAGCGGUCCAGCAUUUCUAAAUGGCAACAUGAUGAUCGUAAAUAAAGCGGCCCAUUAAAGAAUUGAAUCUGAACUUUAGCUACAUUAAAAUACAGCACUAAAGUAGGUCAUGUUAAACUUUUAAAACAAUAUAAAUACAAAUUACUUAAAAAAACAUAUUAUAAUAUUUUGGUUUUAAAGGGCUGGAAAAAAGAUGUGUGAUGUAUUUAAAAGCGUUUUACUAUUCCCGCCAAACUUCCAUGGUUACAGCGAGUAUUACUUAAAUUCAUGGUGAAUGUUGCUGAUUUUGUGAGUAAAUCAUGGGCAAAUUUUAAUCAAUAUAUCAAUAAAUGUGAGGUGCUACUGGCAACUGUUUGGAAUUCUCAAAUUGUAACAUUUAUGUAAGAGAAAGAAUCGCAGGUUAAAAUAAUU